AUGAAAUCAGCUCUGGAUGUGUCGAGAGCUCCAAAGGCCGGGCAGAAGCCUCAGCAGGAGAAGCAGCCCGGUGUCUCUGACAGGAAGACGCUUCUCCGGGCCAAGACCUUCAGCUCGCACCAGAGCGGUUCACAUCUGAGCCUGAAGUCCAAAGUCUGUGACCAGACCUCAGGAGUUUUGGAGCUGGAUGCGGAUCACGCGCAGAGAGUCCCCGGGGCUGAACAAGGAGGGGUCCCACCGCCACAGGUGAAGCUGAAAGACAGGCAGAAGUUCUUUGAGGAGGCCUUUCAACAGGACAUGGAGCAGUACCUGUCCACCGGAUACCUGCAGAUCGCCGAGAGGAGAGAACCGAUAGGCAGCAUGUCGUCCAUGGAGGUGAACGUGGACAUGCUGGAGCAGAUGGACCUGAUGGACAUGUCGGACCACGAGGCUUUAGAUGUGUUUCUACACUCCGGGGGAGAAGACAACAGCGUAGCCUCGCCUGUUGCAGGUCCAGACGUGGAGUCCUUCACCACAGAGAUCAGCCUCCAGGUCCCCACCCAGGCCGAGCUCCGCCACAAGCUGUCCUCCCUCUCCUCCACCUGCACCGACUCGGUCAGCCAGGACACGGAGGCCGGGGAGGAGGACGAAGACGAAGAGGAGGAGGAGCCCGAGCGAGGGGGAGGCGGAGCGGGAGGAUCCGGAAGGGGGAGGAGAGGCCCCCCCGUGGUGGUGACCCUGGACGAAGAAGAGGUGCACCCCGACACAGCCCUGGUGGACGGCGUGGAUCCAGAGGUACAGAGCAGCAAAGACUGUGAGGGCAGCGGGCGGCGGGCGUGAGAGCGGCCGGACUGCGUCACACACAGAGCACCCACAACUGCCCAAUCACACUCAGAUACUAAACAAUUGGAAUCGGUUCCUAUACAUAUAUAUAUAUAUUUCAUAUCCAGAAAAACUUGAGAGAAAUUCCUUUGAGGUUGCACUAACUGCCACAGAAACUUGCCUUAAAAGAGAAAUGUUAGUUUUUAAAUUAGAAUUGAAUCCUCUAAAACAGGUUUGAAUCUGCUUCGCAUAAAGGUACCGAACGGUUCAGCAUGCACAUCAACAAUUUGAUAGUUUUCAGAGGAUUACUGAUGUUUUUCCCAUGGUUGAGCACACUGAGACUGUGCAAAGGCUCUUCCUAAUAAUAAAGUUAUGAGAACACACAAAUAACAUGGCCUUUGCAACUACUUUUUUUUCUCAUGCUCAGAUCUAAAACAUAAGCAUUUACUGUGCUUAUAUGCUGCAACUGUCAUGUGUUUGUUUUCCAGAACAUCAGAGCAGUGUUACCAAUCUUACCAUACGCUUGCUAAAAUUAAUUGGAUAUUCUAGUUAAAUAAGUUGCUCCAAUAAGGAUUUCUGAGGCUAAUUACCAGUUGCUUAGAGCACGAUCAACCAAUGCUGACACUGAUCAGGUGGUGUAGUCCCCAUGUACAUAUUUCUGACAUUUAGCAACAUGUGCAUCAUAUGAAUUUUAAAAAAGGGUUGACUUGAGAUGUAAAAUGUCACAUUUCUAAAUCAGAAUGAAACUAAAUUGAAAAAUAACACACCGAGCGAACAAUCAUAUAUACUGAGGCAAUAAAGCGUUGAAUUGUGUGGUUUUGUGUAGGCCGGGAGUUGAUGAGGCUUUUGUGGCCGAGUGCAUGUAGUCCAUCCAACAAAGAGAGCACCUUGAGGAGCAGAUCAAUACUAAACGGCGACUGCUCCAUGAUGACUUUUCUUGCAACAUUGCGCGUCAUCAGUCUGACGGGAGCCUGGUAUCGUGAUGUUGUUUGUCGUCAUCUGUGGAUGGCGCUGUGUCACACUGAUUCAGGGAUAUUGGCGAGUGCCAGAUUUGCCUAUGCGAAAGAAAGAAGAGCUGUACACUUACUGUCUACGACAUUUAAAUCCAACUUCAAAUACAUCUACAGCCGUUAAGGAAAGACUGAAACGGCAUGGCUAACUAGUCGUGCUAAUGAUGGUAUCUGGAAGAACCGAUAGAGAUUAAGGUUGUGUUUAAAAUAAAAACAGCUGUGGCAGAUGCAGGCUUUAGUCCUGCCUAUCGCACAUUUCUGACAGAUUGAUACUCUUUUUGGAAAAGUUUCUUGAACUUAUGUCAAAACUUUAUGCAUAGGAAAAUAAGAGGUCAAGUAUUUCAUUGUUGGCAUCCGCCUUUGUGGUGCUGACAGAGGUCAGAUUAGGGCCAAUUUCAUUUCUUCCCUCUCUGUACGUCUUUGUGAUGUGAUCCGUUUACUGAACUUCUAUUAACUCCAGUCUUGAGUUUUAAUGUUGGUCUCAAACUAACGCAGCUGGUCUGAGAUAAUGCAGCUCUUUUGGCAGUUGGCCAGAUAUUUAGGAGAAUAUUGGCAUUUAAUUUGAUCAGGAUCAAUUAGAGCUCCCUGACAUAUUUCUGAGGAGUUUUCUAUUAGAUAAAUGUCAUACAUUUCCUUUUUUGCUUAUCUUCCAGACCAUUAGCUUUAGAUUUGCUCAACUUUAGAGACAUGAUUUUUUUUGUGCCUUUCUGAUUAUACAGGAGAGAAAAGAACACAAUAUUGGUGCUUGCAGCUUUUUUAACCUCCUUCUGCAGAAAGAGUGCCCUGAUUGAGAGAACUCUUUGUCAACAGCUGACAAAGAAAUAUUUCCUAUGAUAAAAUCCAAAGUUGAGCAGGUAAAACUUUUUUUCUUUCUUUUAUCUGGGUCAAUUGACCAGCUGAUAUGGCUUUUCCCCAGAACUAGCACUUUCAGAUCACCUGCAGAAUGCACAAAAACAACAUUUCAAAACAGAUCUCACUUUCACCGGUCCUUUAAAUAUAAACUAAUCUCAGUGUUCCUGGCUUUGGGUAUGUCAAUGAUACACACUACCCUUUGCCAUCCCUCUGACCAGAGAUAUUUGUGUGAAUUUUUCCUUUUAAAUAAGAACCAAAUCCCUGUUAUGGACCGUGUGCUUUGCACUAGAUGGCCAAAAGUUUCAAGUGUAUCCAUACUUUUGUUUGCCACCAACUGGUGACCUUCUGUGAUCUGUAACAGCAUUACUCCUCCUUUCCUUUGUCCGGCCUAUUGUUUGCAACUUGUUGGGAAUAAAUGUUUUUGCCCCA